AUGAAAAGAGCCUUCUCUCUUGUACUCCUCCUCGUGAUUUGGCUUUUCGUUUUCUCCGCAUUAUCGAUCGACGCUAGGAAAUACCAUACCAAGAAAACCAAAAUGCAUAAGAACAAAAAACACAAAAAUAAUCCAGCUCCUGCACCAGCUCCACUACCCGAUUCAUCCGUUUUUAGCAUUUUGUCGUUCGGAGCUAAGGCUAACGGAGUUUCCGACGAUUCCAAGUUAAUAAUCAUUGUACUACUAUUAACCAAGCAGGCACUUGUAUCGGCAUGGAAAUCCGCAUGCAAGGUUAUCGGAGGCGUCGUGGAAAUACCUUCCGAAUUUAAAUUUCUGAUCAAACCUGUGACACUUCAAGGCCCUUGUAUGCCGAAUCUUGUUUUACAGAUUGACGGUACUCUAUUAGCACCUCCGAAAAUCGGGUCGUGGGCGAAAUCGAAUUUAUAUCAGUGGAUGAAUUUCAAAUGGCUUCAGAAUUUCACCAUCCAAGGUACCGGUACAGUUGACGGUCAAGGCUCAAACUGGUGGUGUUCUUCACAGGUCAAUAAGAAGAAGAGAGCCAAGAAACUUCCGGGAAUCAAACCAACCGCAUUGAGAUUUUAUUCGAGCUACAACGUCACGGUUCGUGAUAUUAGUAUCGUAAAUAGUCCGUUAUGCCACUUAAAAUUCGAUAAUUCGAAGGGGGUGAAGGUCGAAAACGUCACGAUUUCUGCCCCCGAAGACAGUCCAAACACAGAUGGAAUUCACCUCCAGAACUCUCAAGAUGUAGAAAUCAUGCAUUCGGAUAUCGGAACAGGAGACGAUUGUGUGUCUAUACAAACAGGUUGUUCAAACAUUCAUGUGCAUCAUAUAAAUUGUGGCCCUGGUCAUGGAAUAAGUUUAGGAGGGCUAGGGAAAGACAAAAGUACUGCUUGCGUGUCGAAUAUUCUAGUCGAAAAUAUCGUAAUGCAGAAUACUCUAUAUGGUGCAAGGAUCAAAACAUGGCAGGGAGGUAUUGGGUCGGUGAAAAACGUGACGUUUUCGAAUAUUCAAGUCUCCGAUGUGAAAGUUCCGAUAACCAUCGACCAAUACUACUGUGACAAGAAUCAGUGCAAGAAUCAGACAGGUGCAGUGGCAAUAUCAGGAGUUAAAUUCGAUCAAAUAAUCGGGACUUAUUUGGUGCAGCCUAUUCAUCUAGCAUGCAGCAGCUCUGUACCAUGCACGGACGUCGAUUUAAUUUCGAUUCAAUUAGAGCCGUCGAUCAAUAACAAACAUGGAUUUCAACAAGGGUUGUGCUGGAAUUCUUAUGGGAAAUCACUAGGGCCACUUGCCCCUGCAAGCAUGGACUACUGUGUGAGAAGUGGGAGUGAGUUUGUGAAGAGGAUAUCAAAAUCACAUGAUAUUAGUUGUUUGUAAUAAAAUAAAUUAAAUAUAUGUUUUUUUUUUUUUAA